AUGCCCACAUCAGCAACCUUGCAGGGGAGAAUGGUCGGCCCGCUGGACAAGCGAAGACGGGUGACGCGCUGUCUCAGCUGUGCCAAACGACGCCUCAAGUGUGAAGGGGGAUUUCCAUGUGUUCGUUGCAUUCGACAAAACACGAUGUGUGUUGCCCAGAAGCAAUCGGGCCACGGUAUGGCUGUGUUUGUCAACCAAACCCAACAAGAUGAUUUUGGUGGCGCCCGAUCUUCUGAUCAAAAGGGCGUGGUUAUUAAAAAUAAACAUACCUCUGGGACUCACCCACUCGAUUUUAUCGGGAAGGAUAAGGGUACCCGCCUUCUUGAUUAUUUUGUUUCUUUUAUUCAGCAGAAUAUGUUCACGAUGGGCUUCUCAUCAAUAGUUCCGGACUUGCUUCCUCUAAUUUCGACUUCCCCACUCCUGUAUCAUGCAGUGAUCGCGGUUGGUGCUUUAGAUGCGAACCGACAUACCGGUGGACGAGCACUACAGGGAGAGAAACCUCCCAAUGUGGAUGCCAUGACAUCUUACCAUCAGUCAAUUGGCAUUUUGCGAUCUUGUGUCGGAAACAGUAAUGUGAUGCAACGAGAGGACGUUCUCUGGGCCACUUUCUUUCUGGGGUUAUUUGAGUUGCUUUCAGAUGACUCGGGCCAAGGCUGGGUUAAGCACAUGCUCUAUGGAACAUCAAAAAUGCUUCAGAUUGCAGGACCAAGCGAUUGCAUGUCACCAGUCCGAAGGAUAUUCUACGACCUGUUUCGUAUCCUCGAGGCCAGUCGAGCAUUACUCUUUGGUGAAGAAACAAUCCUUUCUCAGGAAUGCUGGCUUAAUCUCCAAAAGAACCUGUCAAGUAAUGCCACUCGAUGGGAGCCCCUGGAAGAGAUCAUAACAGUCAUGAUUCAGACAUCCGACUUCAGCCUACGAGCCGGUGCUAUAAUUGAUAACAUUCCUGAAGCAGAACGUUUCACGGAUCCAUCAGUCGCUCUUAUUGCGGCUGAAGGACUCGAUGUCCAAGAAAAUAUCUAUAACUGGCACACGAAGGCGCUACUGCAGCUGGUCCAGGAUGGUCCUAAUGAAUAUUCAAACUUAGCUUUGCUAUAUUAUCACGCUCUGCUAAUCUUUCUCUCUGGAAAUUAUGACUAUUUCACCUACUGGGACAAUAUCCCAGCCCCGGUGUUAUCUACUGCCAAAGUUUCAGAACACCUGAAUUCGAUCCUGUAUCUCUCGGGUGAGGUUCUGCGCCACUCCAAGAUUCCGGGGGUGAUGUUGUUUUUCCCAAUAACCGUUGCAGGAGCUCGAGCCCGGACGCUUGAUCAACAAUCCGAAAUCCUGAAUUUGCUCGACCUGGUCUUCCGUAAAGGAUUCGUGGUCGCAAACAAGAUUCGGGGUGGUUUAUUGGGACGGUGGGCCGAGAGGGAUCGGGAAGAGCCAAUGCAACUGGCCACAUGA